CGUCAAUUAAACAUAGAAAAGCAAAGAGCAUCCUCUGUCCUCUUCGACAACGCCAAAACCAUUUCCCAUUCCUGCACUUACCCACCUCCCCCAACUCCACUCCCACCUCAACCUCCCCUCUGCUCUUCAUUUCCUCUCUCUCUCUCUCUCUCGCUCAUUAAUUUCUUCAUGAAGCGCUCACUUGAUACUCAAACCCAAAAUAACGCUGCUCCGGUCACUGGAGACGAUGUCAAAACAAAGAAGAUAAAGCACCGACAGGAGGAAGAAGAAAAAAUCGAGGAUGGACUUAAUACGGGAACUGGGUUUGUGAAUUUAGACGAGAAUUUGCUUUUUGAGGUCUUCAAACAUGUGGAUGCGAGGACGCUGGGGAGAGCUGCCUGUGUGAGUAAGCAAUGUCACAGGACAGCGCAGGACGAGAGGCUAUGGGAGUUGAUCUGUACUAGGCACUCGGCUAAUAUAGGUUGCGGUAACCAACAACUGAGAUCCGUGGUACUAGCUCUUGGUGGUUUUCGUCGCCUCCACUCCCAGUACCUGUUGCCUCUUUCUAAGCCACAAUCAAGUUCCACGGCUUCAAGUUCGUCGUCGUCGUCUUGGUCUCCGUUCCCGGCGAUGAUUGGCUCGAAGCCGCAGGCUACGUGGGGGAAGGACGAGGUGCAUCUCUCCCUGUCUCUGCUUUCAAUUCGGUAUUAUGAAAAGAUGAAUUUCAACAACAGAGGGAGAUGAAUUAGAAUAAUAAUAUGAUAUUAUUAACUAAAUGUAUAAGACUAUGUUUUAUUAACUCUAAUUACGGGUUUUAUUUUAUUUUGAGGGGUUGUAUGUCUAAAUUUGGCUUGGAUUUUUUUUUUUAUUUAAUAUGGGUUUUUCUAAUUAGAUCUGUAAUCAUAUUGUAAUGAAUGGAUUAUUGUUCGCUUGUUGGCCAAA